AUGUGGCUUUUUAUCAUCACCAUUGUGGCUCUAUUCCUUCUUUGGACAUGGAUUACAACCCCCACGCAUCAGAUAUAUGAUGGGACGAUUGAGACAGAAAAAGCGCACGAAGAACAAGAACAAUCCCCGUCGGUAGAUCCAAAAUCUGUGAGAGCGCUUUGUGAAAUGUCCAAGGCAAUGACAGAGCACCCCCAUUUUUUCUCAGCACUAAGCCUUGACCCUUUCGCGAAGGAUUUCAACCUAAUCCGCAUGGGAAUUGAUCAUAAUCACGAGGGAAUUAAGGCUAUUCGCCUUGUUUUCGAAGAGUUGGAGAAGAAAGCUGAAUCGAAUCUUGAUGGUCCGGCAGCUGCGUUGGCACUGCUGGACGAGGACUCUCUCAGGAUAUUUCUCAGCUGGGUCGAGGAGAAACCGGGUGCUGACGGUUGGACGGUAGACUGGGAGAAGCACUGCGGUGUAGAACUUGACAUCUAG